CAGCCCAGACAGCUGAAGGGAAGGAAGUCAUGGUGGAGGAGCUGGAGCCUGAAUUGUACCUGAAGUGGAAGCACUGCGAGACGCCAGGCGUGAAGACCCUGUGUAAUCUGAAGACACUUCUGAACCGGCUUCAGAAAGACCACCGGGAGGACGUCCACCUCUACAUCUCUGGACACCUGAACCCCAACAAGCUCUACCGGCCUCCUGAGACAGUCUUAGAGCACUGGCCCAAUGCCCACCGGCCCAAGGGGGAGAGUUCCUCUGAGGUGGGAGAGCUGCCCACAGGGAAGGUGGUGAGGAUGAAGGAGGCCCUGGCCCACUUCACCAUCCAUACGGCGCUGGUCCCCAGUGAGGCCCAGGACACCCCGCUGUUCAGGUACCUGAACCCCCAGGCCUCUCUUUCCCACACUUCAGAGGAGGAUCUCUUUCCAGUGGAGGCUCUCCGAGAGGGGAAGGAAGAAAAGAAAGGAGGCCCUCCCGGACGGGGCCCUCCUGGAUGGCGCAGGAGGGAAGAACUCCAGCUGCCCGACGUGAAGGUGCUGCAGUACCAGGAAGCCGGGCCCAGAGGCGCCAGGGACCGGCACCACUAUGUCAGCUCCUACCUGGCGGGGGCCACCAACGCAGACAGGUACAGGAUGUUCCUGUGUUUCCAGAAAGAAGUGCUCGCCAAGCAAGAUCUCCUGAAGAAUGACUUCGCUGGGAGCAAGGUGGCCGCGGGCCACGAAAGAAAGCUGCAGCGGGAGCUCCAGAAAAUUUGCACCUGCAGCCCUCAGCAGUUCAACAGACUGCACAUCUUUGGAAAAGUCUUUGAAGAUAUUUGUAACAGUUCUUUGAUAUUUGGUGAUCUCUUGAAAAAAGUUAAGGAUGAAUAUGAACUCUACAUGGCGACGCUCCUGGAGUCCCAGCCCACAGCACAGUACGAGGCUCUUCUGGCUCAACUCAAGGCGCUGGGGCAGAGGCCAGUGAAGACGGCAGACAUGGAUCUUGCCAGGGAAGAGCUGAGGACGCUUGUGAGAGCCACAAAAGCAGCCCUGGAGCAGAAUGAUAGACUCAGAAGUGAACUGGAGAUGGAGCUGGCAUUGCUGCAGUCUGCGAAGGAACGAUCAGAAUCAUCUGAGAAACAUAGAAUUGAUGAGAACCAACUUACUCUUAUUGAGAAGGUUGAAAAAAAGAGGUGUGAAAUACUCAGUAAGUGGGAUGAGAUACAAGCUCUGGAAAAAGAAAUUAAAACAACUUUGGUUCAUACUGGAAUUUCAGAUAUCACUGAGAAUAGGAUUAAAAGCAUAGAGCAUGAAGCUAUACAAUUGGAAACAGAAAAUAUGAUUUUAAAGAAGAAAAUAAAAGUUACUGAAAACCAUGUGAAGCAGAUCAUAGGAAAGAUCAGUGAAGAGGGGCAGGAGGGCCUUUGGAAAUUUAUCAAGGAAUUUGUAAAAUCAGAGGACACAGAAGAUAACGCUCAAGCAACCGAACAAAUGGCCAAUGAAAAUUCUUAACUUCCAUGUAUAUAGCAUGGAUAUUUGCAGAUGUAUAUACAUUUGUAAAGAUACAUUUCGUUUCGUCAGCUUUAAUCUCUGGUAAAAUUAAUGUGGUAUAUGUAUCUUACUCAGGACACUGAAAUACACACAAGCAUACACAUGAUUAGUUUCUACUGCUACAUACAUAUUUACAGCAAUACUAGUUCUUAACGUAUGUUUUACUUUCAUUUAAUAAUGUUCUACUGUGGAAAAUACUUUUGAUUAUUUGCUAAGAAUGAGGAAUUCAGCACUGCUUGAAUACAACUCAAAUUUGUUUAUUUGCCAACUCAAGUUUAUAUGUAUGCAUUUAAUAAAAUUGGAUAGUGAUUUAAU